AGACAACCCCAAAUCCACAUUUUUCCCUUUAAAUGAAACACCACUUUAUAGAUUGACAUCUACACUAAAGAUAGUGGUUCACUUUAAUCAUGGAAAAAUGUGGAUUUGGAAUUACUUAUUUUUUUAACUUAAAAUUGGGUAUUUUUUUCAAUCAGAGAAAAUCAGCAUCCCUGGUCAUGUUGUUUGUGCUAACAAGCCCAAAAUUGGUGAAGACUCUCUGAGAGUGACUUGGGCCUUGCAUAUACUGCAUCAAUGAGCUGCCUCAAAAAUAUUGUACAUUUUGAACUUUUACUGUUAUUGACUGUACAUCGUACAAGAGUUGUAAUUAUUAUACUAACACGAGAAUUAUCACUGCCGCUAAGCCGCUGCGCAUGAUCGUGGCCAGGCACGAGACGGCCACCGCAGCCGCGGAACGGCCACGUGGUCCCCAAGCCAAGCGCGGGAAACCUCCUUGGCGCCUCCUGUCUCCGCCGAAUCACGUGGUCUGUAGGCUCGUUCCACGACGCGGCAGCCACCAGGCAUGCGCACUUUCCCCUCCUCACGCUCCGCGCGGAGAUCUCGCGAGAGGCGGGCCGGGAAGUCUCGUGAGAUGUGCGGACGCCAACCGUUACAAACGUUCAGUAACGUUGCUUUCUAUCUCCUAGCCCUGUCAUGGCGGCGCCGCCUCCCCCUGCCCACUGGAGCCAUUUCGAGCAGGAGCAGGCCCGGGACGUUCGGGCGCUGGUCCAGCAGGUGACCGGCCUCGGAGAGGAGGAGCCCGGUGGCCGUUUCCAGGCGGCGCUCAGCUUCACCAGCUCCAAUUUCAGAUUUCAUCGGUUUCUUGAUGUAAGCAGUCACAAAGUAGAGAGGACAGUUGAAGGGAUUUAUGAAAAGCUGAUUAUUCAUUCAGAACUUGGUAAAGCUGUGAGUUGGAAAAGACUAACAGAAAAGUUUCUGAACUUGCCUCUUCCAAACACUGAAAAGACAAAAACAGAUGCUCAUUAUGCCAUCCUGUCUCUUCUGCUAUGCCUAUCUGAUUCUCCUUCCAAUACCAACUAUGUGGAAAAACCAAGGGAGAAAGAAGUGGAAAAAGAAGAAGAAUUUAACUGGGGAAAGUACUUGAUGGAAGGGGAAGAAAUUUAUUUUGGUCCUGACAUGAACUCACCAGAUUGGUCAGAAGACAGUGAAGAGGAGGAAGACACUCAGCCUCUGAGCAGGGAAGAUUCUGGCAUUCAAGUAGACAGAACACCACAAGAAGAACAAGAUCAAAACAAGAAAAUGGUACCCAAUGUCACUUGGAAAGUGGGAGAGCCAGAUGCACGCAGUUGGUUGGAGCAGCAUGUGGCACCACAGUACUGGACAGGAAGAGCUCCUCGUUUUUCUCAUAGUUUGCAUUUACAUUCCAACUUGGCUGCUGUCUGGGAGCAGCACUUGUACAGCAGUGAUCCAUUAUACAUGCCAGAAGAAAGAACUCUAGUUACUGAAACACAUGUUAUACGGGAAACCCUCUGGCUGCUUUCAGGAGUGAAAAAGCUCUUUAUAUUUCAACUGAAUGAGGGAAAGGUGACUGUGAGAAAUGACAUUAUCGUAACUCAUUUGACCCACAACUGCUUAAGGUCAGUGUUGGAGCAAAUAGCUGCAUAUGGGCAAGUUGUGUUUAGGCUGCAGAAGUUUAUUGAUGAAGUGAUGGGACACAGUUCAGAAAACCUAACACAUGGGGCCCUUUCCACUCCCAAGAAAGCAACAGGUGCCCCAUUUAGAACCUACCAAGCUUUUAUGUGGUCCCUGUACAAGUACUUUAUAAGCUUCAAAGAAGAACUUACUGAAAUUGAAAAAAGCAUAAUCAAUAAAGAUAAAACAAUCACUCUUUCAAUAGUAAUAGAUAAACUAUUGCCACGACUGGCUCAGCUUAAGGUCCUUCACAAAGUUUUCAGCACAGGAGUAGCAGAAGUACCACCUGAUACUCCAAAUGUUCUAAGAGCAUCUCAUCUGCUUAAUACACUUUACAAAGCCAUUCUUGAAUAUGACAGUGUUGGAGAAGCAUCUGAGCAAACAGUGUCCCUCUUAUUCUCUCUCUGGGUUGAAACAGUAAGACCAUAUUUACAGACAGUGGAUGAGUGGAUAGUCCAUGGUAACUUAUUUGAUCCUGCCAAAGAAUUUAUUAUUCAGAGAAACAAAAAUGUCCCAGUUAACCACAGAGAUUUUUGGUAUGCUACUUACACACUAUAUAGUGUGUCAGAAAAGACAGAAAAUGAAGAGAAAAUGAGUGAUAAUGCCAGUGCCAGUUCCGGCAGUGAUCAAGCUCCCUCAAGCAGGCAGCACACCAUGGUUUCCUUUCUGAAACCAGUUCUAAAACAAAUCAUCAUGGCUGGAAAAUCCAUGCAGUUGUUAAAGAACCUGCAGUGCAAAGAUGGUUCUCCACAGCAAACUGCAUCGAGAGAUGCAGAACGAAAAAGUUUAUACACAUUAUUUCUGGAGUCUGUGCAGUCCCGUCUGCGGCAUGGGGAAGAAUCUGUUUCAGAUAUUAUUACAGAACAGCAAGCGACCAAGCAGAGUUUGAUAAAGAUGCAGUCUAUAGCUGAAAGACACUUGGAACUGGAUGUUGUCCAUGACCCACUGCUGGCUAUUAACUUUGCCAGGUUGUAUUUAGAGCAGAGUGACUUUCACGAGAAGUUUACUGGUGGGGAUGUUUGUGUGGAUAGAUCUUCUGAAUCUGUGACAUGCCAGACAUUUGAACUGACGUUGAGGUCUUGCCUUUAUCCUCACAUAGACAAGCAAUAUUUGGAGUGCUGUGGCAAUUUAAUGCAAACUUUAAAAAAAGAUUACAGGCUAGUAGAGUACUUGCAAGCAAUGAGAAACUUCUUCUUGCUUGAAGCUGGAGAUACUAUGUAUGAUUUCUAUACAUCUAUCUUUGAUAAGAUUAGAGAAAAAGAAACUUGGCAGAAUGUAUCAUUCCUAAACGUUCAGCUACAGGAGGCAGUUGGUCAGCGUUACCCAGAGGACAGUUCAAGGCUAUCUAUAUCUUUUGAAAGUGUUGAUACAGCAAAGAAGAAACUCCCUGUCCAUACCUUAGAUGGCUUAACUUUGAGCUACAAGGUCCCUUGGCCUGUGGAUAUAGUUAUAAGCUUAGAAUGUCAAAAAAUUUACAAUCAAGUGUUUCUUCUCUUAUUACAAAUAAAGUGGGCUAAGUACAGUCUAGAUGUUUUACGAUUUGACGAACUAGUUAGUGCUGCAGAAAAGCCACAGCUCAAGGAAGGACCUUUAUUACAACAAGAGAGAGUUCCUCAGUUUGGACCACACACCGAGCUUAUAAAACAACAAAUUCAUCGCAUGUUCCUCUUACGUGUGAAACUCAUGCAUUUUGUAAACAGUUUGCACAACUACAUCAUGACCAGGAUUCUUCACAGUACAGGCUUGGAGUUUCAGCAUCAAGUAGAAGAAGCCAAAGAUUUAGAUCAACUGAUAAAAAUUCAUUAUAGAUACCUGUCUACAAUCCAUGAUCGCUGCCUUCUGAGAGAAAAGGUUAGUUUUGUAAAAGAAGCUAUAAUGAAAGUACUGAACUUGGUACUGAUGUUCACAGAACGUUGGCAGGCUGGUUUGGGGGCUUGGAAGAUGGAAUCCAUAGAGAAGAUGGAAUCUGAUUUUAAAAAUUGUCACAUGUUUCUUGUAACAGUUCUAAACAAAGCAGUCUGCAGAGGCUCUUUUCCUCACUUGGAGUCUUUAGCCGUGUCACUCAUGGCUGGCAUGGAACAAAGUUAACUCUACUGAAAUGCAUUGGAUUAUUCAAGAACAGAGUUCCAGCAGCAUUCUCUUUCAACACUGUAUUUAUUUAAAACUGUGAGCAUUAUUGUGCUUAUGUUCUGAAAUACAUAUGUAUGUAGAUAAACUACAUUAGUCUGAAAUUGUGUAUAAUGUUUGAAACUGUAAAUGAUGUACACUAUUUAAGUAUACUAGUUGUAGCUGUAUUAUUUCCAUAUGUAUUUAUAUGCUAAAAACUUCAUUUAUAUUAAGUGAAUUGACCUUAUUUGAAAAUGCAU